GGUGGGGUGGUCUGCCUGGCCUGCCGCUUUGCAACCACAUGAGAGAGCUGACGACGCCCAGCCAAGUGCUGCGGGCCGCAGCGCAAACGCCUCCAAUCAAAAUGGUCGCUGCGUGUGACAGACACUGACAGCACCACCCAACGCCCCCUGAAUCCUUCCAGCCUCGACAGUCGACCCUUCCGCGACGCCUGUCAACCCCGCUUAAAAAUCAAUCCAGCUCCCCCUCCUAGCUCUGGAUUUGGGUGCCACCUAUUUGACGCCGUUGGUGAACUUGCCGAUUCAUCAUUCACUUCAAAAGCUAAUCACUGCACCACUGCGCUGCAUGCUCGCACAUCUUCCAUCUCAUUCUCUUUGACCAUUUUGGCUUUAUGAAUAUUUAAUUAUCAAAUUGAUUCCCUUCAGCCGCGACUUGCGAUUUACGACAGUGACAUGAUGGCCCGCGCCUUGGAUAUCUCGUCGUUUUCCCUCCCAUACACAGAUAUGUCUCUGCCAGCCGACCAAGAACCGCCCCUGGUAAUGCCAGACCCAGGCCACUGUAGCGGACAUGAUUAUUGCGGUGUUCCAUGCACAUUCGAGUGGCAGCAUGUGCUUCCAUUGUCAUCUCAGGAUACUGGAGGACCGGGUGUCAUCGCCAGCUUCCUCGCAACGGGUUGGCUAGCAGUAGCCUUGAUCGUCAUCUACUACCUGUUUGCCUUUGAUCCCAAACAGCUCUCGAGAGCCAGCAAGUACGCGGUCGUGAAUCCCGUCGACGUGGCCGUCACUGGCCUCGCCAGACGCGCCAUUCCAUCCUCGUGGUUCGGGUCGAGGUGGAAUGCCUUUGUCAAGGCGAUCCUCACCAUCUCCGAUGUCCAGACCCUCAUGGGUUUCGCUGCCGCUUUCACCGCCAUUUUCAACCUCUGGAGUGGCAUUUCGACCUAUCACUUCAUGCUUAUAGUCCAAUGUGUCUGGUUCUCCCACGUUGCCCAGCUCACCGGGCUCACCAUCCAGCGAUACCACCCGAGAUCCGCCACCGCGGCAUACACCAGGCUCUUGUUCACGCUCGCCCUCACGGGCCUGCUCGUCACGGGCAUAGUCGGCACCUUCUUCUACAACUGGGCCUACCAACGGCACACCGGCUUUACGUACCCCGACUACCGCGCUCUUGCCAACAUUGUCGGAGGAUCAGCCAGCCUCCCCGGCUCGUAUGCAGUCUGUUUUUGGAACACGGCUCGCAACAUUCAAUGGCAUCAAGCCUCUUCCACCUUUGCCUACACUUUCAAUGACACUCCCGCCUACGGGUCGGGCAUUACAGCCAUCGUUCUCGUUGUCGUGAACCUGGCAGCUCGCAUCAUCAGAAUUCCCGUCCUCGAAGACGCCAUCACGUCUACCCGUCAAAUGCUUAGCAAGUCGUGGAGGUCCCUGUUUGCCGGAGUCUCUGACAACAGCCAACCGUCUGGCUUGAUUCAACGUCUUGUCCUCUCCAUCGGCUUGACUACUCUCUUCACAGCCAGGCUACUCACCGACCUACUCCUGUCCACUCUCACAGAGAUCUACUGGGUCCUCAUCCCCGCCAUCUGGGGCACCAUCACCCUUCUCCGCGCCCACAACAUCAUCUCACCCAGUGGCUCCGAGAAAUGGGCCUACGCGCAGGUCCUAGCGUGGUUCGUUCUCGGCGCAGUCGUCCUCGUAACCAUCUCAUACUUCUUCAAACCCUCCGCCACCGUCUCCGACCUACCUUCCCACAACAACCCCGCCGAACCCGCCAGCGACGAGGGCGACAUCCUAGAACAAGGCUCCAGCGCCGUCCCCGCCGCCAACCCCAACCCCGGCUUUAUCGACCAAGCCCUCACUUUCCUCGAGGACGACGACAAGAAAUCGUCCCCGGUGUGGGUGCCCGCCGCUCUCUCCCUGGCCCUCUUCCAGGUCGCAGCCAUCACCGCUCUCUUCUUCGACAAGUACUCGGACAUCGUCCCCAACGCGGCGACAGGCCUGGCUCUCUUCGUGGCCGUCCCUCUCCUGGUGGGCGUGCCUGUGUCGAGCUACGUGUUUAUUCUCUCCUGCGUGGCGUUGCAGAGGAAUCAGUCGUCUGGGGGAGCGAAGCAGCCGUGGGUCGUGGCGAGUGGCGCGAUCGUCGGCUCGGGGCUGCUGUAUCUCUUGGUGCCGCAGGUGUCGUGGAAUGGGCUUCAGAUUGCUGGGUUGGUGUUCAUUGGCGUGGGCGGUGCGAUUGUGCUGGUGAAUCUGGCGGCGCUGGUUGUUGUGCUGGCGGGUAGGCGCCGGUAUGGGCCCAUCAGCUUGGGGAACUGAGCGAGGUGCCAGCCAGCGAAGGAGCCGGCCGUCACUCCGUAACCCUUAAGGGCUGACCCGACCCGAGACAGAGGCCCCUUUUCACUUUACAUUCCCGCCCACUCAUCCCUCAGUCAUCAUUCCCUCACCAAUUUCUCACCACUUUCUCGUAACAAAUUUCGUUCGCAAAGCACAAUCCCAAGAAUUAAGUUGACCAUGCCUAUUUUGGCCCAGCCCACUUUUGGCCCGUGCUGAGCCGCCCACUGACAUGAAUGACACCCUACAUUGAAGCAUGUAAAAUAUCGCCAAAUCAACCAAUUACUAUAC